CGGGUCUUGCGGGUUUGACAAGUCUUGCCUUACAUAGAUCCGUCCAUCCAGACAUGCGGAGCCAGAAAGGGCCGGGCCCUACACCCAAGGCCCCGCGACCUCUUCUCCCGGCCGCCCGGGAUGAAGCUACGACAAAUAAUAACAACAACUCUCCAGGGGCAGGGGGUCCGCGGGGUCUGACUCGGAGCACAUGGACGCUGCCGCCGCGGACCAAGUCGUACUCGACUGCUGCGUGCGAAACGUGCAGAAAGCGGAAAGCCAAGUGCGAUGCUACCCGGCCGGCUUGUGGCUACUGCGUCUCGGUUGGCACUAGUUGCGUGUAUAAUACGGGUUCUGCAAAAGAGACGCACGCUCAGGCUCUGAAGCGGAAGCUCUCGGAGCUCAACAACAGAGAGGCAACCUACCGGCAGAUCUUUGACCACCUGCGGUCCCGUUCCGAGGCCGAAUCGCGAGAGAUUGUGAAACGGAUUCGGUCGGGGGCGGAUCCGGAAUCCAUCUUGCGGUAUAUAACCGAGGCCGACCUGCUUUUGCAACUUGCCGUGGUUCCAGAGACGAGAUACCGUUACGUGUUCCCUAUUAUUCAGGAGAUGCCUGCAGUCUUGAACCGCCCUGACAACCCCUAUCUCAAAUCUCCGAUCUACGAGUGGGCUGUGAGCAGAGGCCCAAGCCCAGCUGCUCAGGGUCCCCAGUUACUACUACCAGGCGAUACUACACGGUCAUUGGAACCGCAAAGUCCGUACCUUAAGCCGAUCCACGCUGCAGAGCUAGUCGACCCUGUACUCAGCUCGACGAAACCGUCAGACUGGACACGAGUCAGCUCAGAUGACGGGCUGAUGCGGGAGCUCCUGGCCUUGUACUUCUCGAGCGAGUAUCAGUGGCUUCCUAUAUUCCAAAAGGACCAUUUUCUCCAAGAUAUGGCCACUGGGCGGCACAACUUCUGCUCUCCCUUGCUCGUUAAUGCAGUGCUUGCGCUUGCCAGUAUGAGCCACGAUAAACUUCCCAACCGCUAUGAAUACUGGAACCCCUGGAACCUCUGCUACAAGUUCUUUGCUGAAGCAGAGCGGCUGUGGGAACUGGAGACGGCGAGCCGCCGGGUGCAACUCACGUCCAUCCAAGCUGGUCUCCUUCUAGAUCUCGUGCGCAGAAUGCACGCCAUGGAGGCACUCAAGCGCCCGUACAGUUACAUGGAGCAGGCAGUCGAGAUGGCCAAGAAAAUCAGGUUGUUCGAUUCCGACAGUGAUACUAUGAGUGCGAAGGCGGAUGUGAAAACCACCAGGGCCAGACAGUUCUCGGCGUGGGGGGUUUUCAACUACCAGAGUAUUUGCGCCUACGUCAGCUUUGGGCUGCCUCUACUCCCAGAGCUUCCAAACCUCCCGUUGCCCCCCGACCCAUCGCUCGAUCCUGAAUGGUACGGGCAAACCUGGCUGAGGUAUCCCUUGGACGGGAAGCUCUACACGACGAAUUUUCCGCAUUACUUCCGGGCUCUAACCGAGAUGCGGAUAAUAAUGAACGACAUGUGUAUCCAGCUCUUCGGCAGCGCCGACUCGACAGCAGAAUAUCUUUCGAAGGCCAAUGAGUUCUGCUCGCGGCUCAGGAAUUGGUACACCAACCUGCCGGAACCGCUAAGACCCGAGAACCUCGUGUUUCCAUCGCACAUGCUACUACACGCAAACUAUCAAACAAUCCUCAUCAACCUCUACGAAUCCCUCUGCACCGCAGAAUCGCCCCAACUUGAAACCCAUCUCCCUCAAAGUCAAACCAACAACCCCUCCAAGGACUCGCCAUGGGAAAUCCGAACCACCGCCAUGCGAAACCUCGAAACCGUCCUCCGACUCUACUACCUCCGCCACGGCUUCGUCCGCGGCGACAGCUUCCUCGGCCACCCCCUGAACCUCCUGGCGUUGACCUCCCUCCGUCAACUCCUCAACACCACCACCACCACCUCCUCCUCCUUCCCAUCCAACCCAGAUCUAGCAACAACCCGCGCCACGCUAAUCCUCGCUGCCAAAGGCAUCUAUGACCAGGGCCGGAACUAUUUCAUCAACCAUGCCGUGCUGCGGCUGAUCAAGCAGAAGAUGGGCGGGGUUGAAAGGGAGAUGUUGGGGAGGGUGAUUGGGGAGAGUGCACGUGAGGAGGAGGGUGGGCAUGGGCAUGGGGGCGUGUGGGAUGUGGAUAACCCCGGGGAGGAAGAGGUGUUGAGAAAGGUGAGGAGUAAGGUGUUGCCGUUGGCGGUUGGGUUUGGGGAGGAUCCGGAGGUGAAUCGGUUGGAGUAUUUGAUUGAGAGAGAUUUGAACUGCCGCUACUACUCCUAA